AUGGAGAAUGAAGAUAUAUCAAGGCUUAUCGAAAACUGUAAGGGUUUGCCUUUGGCAAUAGCUUUAAUAGGAGGUCAACGAAUUGCAACCGCGGAGGGAUGGCGAAAUGCCUUAAGGAGAGCUCAGCAAAACGAUGCAAACGUUCUUCCCCAUUAUCGGUUAAAUUUGCAGGAAACUUUCGCAGCUAGUAUUGAUCAACUCUCUAAGACAGAAAGAGAGCAGUUUCGAAAGUUAGGAGUUUUUAGAAAAGGCAAGAUACCGAUAGAUAUUAUAAGUAGCUUAUGGGAACUCGAUAAAGAUACAGCAACCAGAAUCCUAUAUAAUUUUCAAGAUCGUUCUCUCUUAACAGUUGGACAUGACAGGAUAAAUGCACAUAAAUUUAGGAUAAUCUGCAAUUUGCAUGAUUUAAUUGUUGACUAUUUACGAUUGCCGAGCCAAGUGUCACAGCUCUCCUAUGAAGAGCAUUAUAAAGAAUUAAAUCGUGACCUCAUUUCCAGAACGUAUUUCCGGUACCGUCUAAGUUGGUCUGACUUUGAGGAUGACGGUUACUUCUGUAAAAAUCUUGUUGAACAUGCUAUUUCUGCUGAUAGCAUAACAAUCAUUAACAAGAUAGCCAUGGAUGUUGAAUGGAUGGAUGUAAGUCUCAAAGCUUCUCAGUCGGUAUCAAACUUGCUGUUCGAUUUGGAAAGAUGCCAAAAAUUUUUGCGAGCCCAGAUGUCAUAUAAUGACUAUUUGGGAGAUGCUUGUACACUGCUGCAAGAACACAGCUCUUACUUACAGUUCGAAUCCGUAGAUUUUGUUCAGUUUUUACUUGUAACAACAAAUAAAAUAUCUUGGUUGUAUAAGGAAGCUUUUAAAAUUGCUGAAAAAAGACGCACACAGGGAAGCUUUUACGCUAUUGUUAGUUAUACGGAAAGCAAACAUCAGGAAAAGUGGCAAAAAUCCCUGAGAACCGGAAAUUGUAAAGAAGAUCCUGUUCCUAAAUGUUCAAAUUCUUACUCAGAACGCUUCAGAAUAGCAUCCUCUAAGGGAAAUGAUACAACAUAUCCUACACUUUUGGUGACAGAGUCGGAUAAUGCGAAACACUGUUUCAGCUAUCAACUGGAAAAAGUUUCAGUUAUUAAUGUAAAUAUAUCCCCAUGUGGAAGCAAAUUAGCAUAUUGCUACGUGCCAAAUUAUAAUCAUUCCGAAAGAGGUCUAAAUUGCGUUUGGGAAGUAAUAAAUGUUGAAGAUCAUCGAAAACUAAACUUCAUUGCUAACGACGAUUCGAUUAACAUUGGUUUGGAGGCCUACAUUCUAAAGUUUUCACCAUAUCAAAACAGUCUCAUUGUCACCUUAUCUUCAGAUAAAAGAAAUCUUGAGACGUGGAUAAUCGACGAUAAAGAAGUCGUCAUGCAACAAACUAUUGGACAGUCACUCGAAAUUCAGGGGUUUGAGUUUAUUCCAAAAGGGUCUCGGAUAUUAUCGUGGCACAGAAAUAAUCCUAGCUCCUUCAGCGAACGGGAAUGGAACAUCGAAAAAAUAGAUACUUGCGAAAUCAAGGCACAUGAGAUUGAGAAUCUUAAUGAUUAUACCCUCAUUGAAGUUCCAGAGCUAAUCGAUGCAAACACCUGUAAUGCCAUAGCAAAAUUUUGCCAGCCCGAAAAUAUUUGCAACUUAGAUGAUGUUAAGGCAAUUGACGAGAGUAUGAUCGUCAUGAAUUAUGGAUCUACACUUGGCGUAUUACCUACGAAUUUUAAUGAUAGUGAAAGCCUAAGGGUUGUAGAAGAAUUUUCUGAAAUAUUUCAAGCGAUUAGUAAAGGUGCCUUCGUUGCUUGGGUCGCGAUUUCAAAUGAUGGCGAAUUAAUUGCCGCAUUAGUCAGAUCUGGCAUUAUGAGUAAUAUUCAGAUUUAUCAAUUUCAAGAUGGAGUAAUGAUAGGAAAUCAAGUCAUAGUGUGCAGCUCAGAAAUUGUUUUUAUGGAAUUUAUCCAUGAAGCUUUUGCACUAGUUGCUUAUAACUGGUCCACACAGGGCAUUUAUUUAUACACUAUAAAAGUAGAAUCACCUCAAAAUACCAUUAUGUACGAGGACAUGGACGAAAAGUAUCACAUAGUUAAAUCUGAUUCCGCUUUCGUUAAUAAUAUACCGAUUAUAAGUAAGCUUCGAAUUGAUAAGGAAGGAUACUCUUCCCUUUCGAUUAUGACUGGUGCAGACUUGAAUAUCGAACACAUUUAUGAUCUUCGUACGAAAAAGGCAUCUCAUCAAGAAAAAGCAUCGUAUGACUAUCAUUUCCAUUGUGAUAUGCCCGGUAUAAUGAUUGAAGAAGUCUAUAAAUGUUGGAAUGAGCUAUGUUUGCCUACUUCUACCGUACAUUGGCAUGCUUUCAUUACGAUGUAUGAAUUGCCUCCCGGAAAUAGAAGAAAGUGGACUCAAAACCUUAUUUUCACAACGGACAUUAUGAAAAGCAGAAGCGAAUGUUUAUAUAACGAAAAGAAUGUCGUAUUUAUUAAAUGGCUAUCAAAAGCGGUUCUGAUUAUGAGAUUAGAAAUUUGA